GACAACAGAUGUGAUGUUUGUGCCACACACCUGAACCAAUUGAAGCAAGAGGCCAUUCAGAUGGUGCUGACCUUGGAGCAAGCUGCCAACUCAGAACAUUACGAUGCCUCGCCAGGCUCUCCCCCACCUCUCUCCAAUAUCCCCACGUUAGUGAGUCCCCGGCACAUGGGCAGCCUGCAGCCCAGGGACUGGGCGUACAUGCCUUCUCCUUAUGCUACAUCUAACUAUACAGGCUUUGUUGCCAACAAACACAGUGGAAAACCCAACAGUUUAGGAAUCGGCAACGGGGUGGAGAAAAAAAAUGGCUCUCCUGGACACCAAGCUAAGGUCAGCUUUCAAAUGGCCACCAGCCCCAGCAAUGGUAAUGUUCUCAACUCUGUGGCCAUCCAGGCCCAUCAGUACCUUGACGGCACUUGGUCUUUGUCAAGAACGAAUGGAGUCACUCUAUAUCCCUACCAAAUAUCUCAGCUUAUGACAGAGACUAGUCGAGAGGGCCUGACUGAAGCAGCAUUGAACCGCUACAAUGCAGAUAAACCCUCCCUGUACAGCUUCCCUGCUUCCCAGAGCACGUAUGUUGCCAGUGAAGUAUCCACAGGCACCUCAGUGGCAGCAUCAUUUUUUGCCAGAGCUGCUCAGAAAUUGAACCUGUCUUCCAAAAAGAAGAAGCACAGACCUUCUGCAUCAUCUGUUCCUGAAUCUCCUCUCUUCUCUACCUGCUUCAGCAGUAUUCUUCAGACUUCCCCACCACCUGCACCACCAUGUUUGUUGAGGGCAGUCAGCAAAGUGAAAGACACCCCUGGUUUGGGCAAGGUCAAAGUCAUGGUACGCAUUUCUUCCACACUUGCCAGAGAUACAUCUGAAUCCAGCUCUUUCUUAAAAGUUGACCCUCGUAAGAAGCAAAUCACACUCUAUGACCCGCUGGCCUGCGGAGGUCAGAAUGCUUUCCAGAAAAGGGGAAACCAGGUUCCACCCAAGAUGUUUGCUUUUGAUGCAGUUUUCCCCCAAGAUGCAUCACAGGCUGAAGUAUGUGCUGGGACUGUGGCUGAGGUGAUCCAGUCUGUGGUCAAUGGGGCAGAUGGCUGCGUGUUCUGCUUUGGUCAUGCCAAGCUUGGGAAGUCAUACACCAUGAUUGGGAAGGAUGAUUCCAUGCAAAACCUUGGCAUAAUUCCUUGUGCCAUCUCAUGGCUCUUCAAGUUGAUUAAUGAACGGAAAGAGAAGACAGGAGCCCGCUUCUCAGUCCGAAUUUCUGCAGUGGAAGUGUGGGGGAAAGAAGAAAAUCUGAGAGACCUGUUGUCAGAAGUGGCUACAGGCAGCCUGCAAGAUGGUCAGUCCCCAGGUGUCUACCUUUGUGAAGACCCCAUUUGUGGCAUGCAGCUUCAGAAUCAGAGUGAGCUCCGUGCCCCUACGGCAGAGAAGGCUGCCUUCUUCCUGGAUGCUGCCAUUGCCUCACGCCGGAGCAGCCAGCGGGACUGUGAUGAGGAGGAUCACCGCAACUCCCACAUGCUCUUCACUCUGCACAUCUACCAGUAUCGCAUGGAGAAGAGCGGCAAAGGCGGAAUGUCUGGAGGUCGCAGCCGUUUGCACCUUAUUGACCUGGGCAGCUGCGUGAAAGUACUCAGCAAAAACCGUGAGGGAAGCUCUGGCCUCUGUCUCUCCUUGCCAGCGCUGGGCAAUGUCAUCCUUGCCCUUGUCAAUGGAAGCAAACACAUCCCAUACAAAGACAGCAAGCUCACCAUGUUGCUUCGAGAGUCCUUGGGGAAUAUGAACUGCCGCACCACAAUGAUAGCUCACAUUUCAGCUACUGCAGGGAACUAUGCUGAGACACUGUCCACCAUCCAGAUUGCAUCACGGGUCCUAAGGAUGAAGAAAAAGAAAACUAAGUACACAUCGAGUUCUUCUGGAGGAGAAAGCUCUUGUGAGGAGGGCAGGAUGCGGAGGCCAACCCAGCUGAGACCUUUCCAUUCUAGAAACACUGUUGACCCAGACUUUCCUAUUUUGCAUUUAUCAAGUGAUCCUGAUUAUUCAUCCAGCAGUGAGCAGUCAUGUGAUACGGUGAUUUAUGUUGGUCCCAAUGGCACUGCCCUUUCUGAUAAGGAACUGACAGAUAAUGAGGGUCCCCCUGACUUUGUUCCCAUAGUUCCUGCUCUGCAAAAAACCAAAAAUGAAGGCAGGUUGGAGGAAAUUAGUGAGUCAGGGCCCAGCACAUCUGAAAGAGACUGCCUGAAGUGCAACACCUUUGCAGAGCUCCAGGAGAGGCUGGAUUGCAUAGAUGGCAGUGAAGAGACUGACAAAUUUCCCUUUGAAGAGAUGCCUGCUCAAUUUAGCUCAGACCAGAUGUCUAAGUGCUCUGUCUCAAGCCAGCUGGCAGAACUUAGCCACUUACCAGAGUCAGAUAAGGAAGAUACGAUGCCAGAAUGUCAGCAUCCUGAUAGAGAAGCCAAGGAAAAUAUAAAUGCAACGCCCAGCAAAACUAAGAGAAAUCACUCCCCUGUUCCUUCUGGAGCUCUUACUAAUCUUUCAACUCCUUCUUCUCCCAGGAGUGUAACAGGCAGCUCUAGUAAAGAGCUUAGCUCUUGUCAAUUAGCACACAGCACCAGCUUACAGAGCAGCAGAGAAGGGCUCAACACCUGUGGAUUUGUGGAAGGCAAGCCUCGACCAAUGGGUUCACCCCGACUUGGCAUUGCAAGCCUCUCAAAGACAUCUGAGUAUAAGCCACCAACUUCUCCUUCCCAGAGGUGCAAGGUCUAUACACAGAAAGGAGUCCUGCCCAGCUCCACUCCCCCACCAGCUCCCCUGAGUAAGGAUGCUGGGAUGACAUCUAGUGAAUCUUUAUUACAACCAGAAAUUCGGACCCCACCUGUAGGCAUGAGCCCUCAGAUUAUGAAGAAGUCGGUGUCCUCCAGCAAUGGAGAUUUUGAAGAGACUGUUCUCAAUGAAGAUCAGCAGCAAAGCAUUUCUCCAGAAUCCAAGAAGGAGAUUCUGAGCACCACCAUGGUGACCGUUCAGCAACCUUUGGAGCUGAAUGGAGAGGACGAGCUGGUGUUCACUCUUGUAGAAGAGCUAACCAUUAGUGGGGUCCUUGACAAUGGGCGCCCAACCAGUAUCAUCAGUUUUAACAGUGACUGCUCAGUGCAGGCUUUGGCCUCUGGGUCUAGACCAGUCAGUAUUAUCAGCAGCAUAUCUGAAGAUCUUGAAUGUUACUCCAGUGCAGCUCCUGUGUCUGAAGUCAGCAUCACACAGUUCCUUCCACUUCCAAAGUUGAGUCUAGAUGACAAAUCCCAAGAUGAUGGCAGCAGGCGCUCAUCCAUCAGCUCAUGGUUGAGUGAAAUGAGCACAGGGAGUGAUGGUGAACAGUCGUGCCAUAGCUUCAUAGCCCAGGCAUGCUAUGGGCAUGGGGAAGCUAUGGCAGAACCCCCUGUCUCUGAGUUUGCAAGCACCAUACAAAGUGCCAGCAUGAUUUGUGUAAGUGAUAAACAGAAGUCAGUGGCUGACAACAUGCUUAUACUGUCGGAAAUGGGGGAGGAAGCUUUCGGCAAAGUGCCACCCAUCAAAGGCUGUAAAAUAUCAGCUCUAGGAAAAACUACUGUCACAAUCAAAAACACCACAAGCCUUAGCAGCUGUGAAGGCUACAUCCCAAUGAAGACAAACAUUACUGUGUACCCAUGUAUUGCUGUUAAUCCCUUCAAAGCACAAGACACUGAUGAUGCUGUACCGGCAGUAACUGUAGACACAAAGGUUACUCAUCCCCAUGACAGGAAAGAAUCUAGUGCUAAGAAGGAUAUCAAAUUUGAAGACCCUUGGCUGAAGAGAGAAGAAGAUGUUAAAAAGGACAGCUCUGAGAGCAGUGAUGGGCCAAGGCCUGACACGGCUGUGGUUUCAGCCAAGCCCGAGCACAGCACAAAGCAGUCCUCAGUGGACAGGUUUAGCACCAGCAGUGGGGAUGCUUCUAUUUCACCAGGAUCUGACAGUCUAAAAAGGAUUGUGGAUGGGUGUGAGGUGGCAGCAUCUAGCUCUGCAACCCAAAGUCCUGUUCAUUCCAGUGAUGGCUUGAAGAAUUUUAGCCUCCCUCGAGGCCUCCCGAAGGCAAGCAAGGUGGAGGAGUCUGACAGUCAUCUCCAUCCUACGGCCACUGACAGCAGUGGAGUCAGUUCUCCUGCCCUUCUCCUGUUUUCUAAGGCUAGUCUUGACAAGAAAAUGGUAUCUCCCAAACACUGCAUCCUCACUCGUCCCAAAGGGACCCCUCCUCUGCCACCAGUGAGAAAGUCAAGCUUGGAUCAGAAGAACAGAGCCAGCCCCCAGCACAGUGCAGCCAGCAGCACCACGAGCAGUCCCUCCAGCCAGCCUGUGUCCUUCCUGGCCAGCUUCCCUGAGGAGCUGAAUCCCAAACAAAAGGGCCCUGGCAUUGAUAGCAGUGUCAACAACAGCAGCAGCAAGCUCUUCAGUGCCAAACUGGAGCAGCUUGCCAGCAGGACCAACUCCCUUGGGAGGUCCACAGGAAGCCACUACGAGUGUUUGUCACUGGAAAGAGCAGAAAGCCUGUCAUCUGUGAGCUCCAAGAUGAGCCCUGGCAGAGACACCACAAUGCCCAGGGCUGGAAGGAGCCUCAGCCGCAGUGCCAUGUCCUCACCCACCAACUCGGGCCUCUCCCAGUCAGCAGGUGCCUCCCCAAAAGCCAGCCAGUCAAAGAUCUCUGCAGUCAGCAAGCUCCUGCUGGCAAGUCCCAAGGCCCGCAGCCUGUCUGCCUCUGCCACCAAAACACUCAGCUUCUCCACCAAAUCUCUGCCUCAGUCCGUAGGGCAGAGCUCCAGUUUGCCCCCAAGUGGGAAGAACAUGUCCUGGUCAAUGCAGUCCCUCAGCAGAAGCCGGGGCUCCAGCCUUGCUUCCAAAUUGCCUCUUCGGGCUGUCAAUGGGCGGAUUUCAGAGCUGCUCCAAGGGAGUGCCAGUGCCAGAGGCUUACAGCUGCAGGGAAGCUCAGAGGCAGAUGAGCGUGGGGGCCUUCCCGGAGAUGAGAAGCCAGCUGUUCACAUGCUGCCUUCACCUUACAGCAAGAUCACCCCUCCUCGGAAACCUCACCGCUGCAGCAGUGGCCAUGGGAGCGACAAUAGCAGUGUCCUGAGUGGGGAGCUGCCCCCUGCCAUGGGGAAAACAGCCCUCUUCUACCACAGCGGGGGGAGCAGUGGCUAUGAGAGCAUGAUGAGGGACAGCGAGGCGACAGGGAGUGCCUCAUCAGCUCAAGACUCCAUGAGCGAGAACAGUAGCUCUGCGAGCGGCAGGUGCCGAAGUCUCAAAAAUCCAAAGAAACGAUCAAAUGCAGGUUCACAGAGACGGAGGCUAAUUCCGGCUUUAUCACUGGAUACCACUUCCCCAGCAAGGAAGCCUGCCAACAGCCCCGGGGUCCGCUGGGUGGAUGGGCCACUGCGAAGUGGGCAGAGGGGCCUGGGGGAGCCCUUUGAGAUCAAAGUCUAUGAGAUAGAUGAUGUGCAGAGGCUCCAGCGACGGCGAGGUGGGGACAGCAAGGAGGUGAUAUGUUUUAAUGCCAAGCUGAAAAUCCUGGAGCAUCGCCAGCAGAGAAUUGCUGAGGUCAAGGCCAAGUACGAAUGGUUAAUGAGAGAACUGGAGGUGACAAAACAGUACCUGAUGCUGGAUCCUAAUAAAUGGCUUAGUGAAUUUGAUCUGGAGCAGGUAUUUGAGCUGGAUUCUCUGGAAUACCUGGAGGCCCUGGAAUGUGUGACUGAGCGUUUGGAAAACCGUGUCAACUUCUGCAAGGCCCAUCUUAUGAUGAUCACCUGUUUUGACAUCACCUCUAGACGCCGAUAAAGUAUGAACCUCAAGAGAAUUUCAAUGUGCAUCUCUGCCAUCCUCCUUUUCCCUUCCAAGUAGCAUCCCAAAGACAAAAGAAUGAGGAUGAAGGUUGGAGUCAAGUCUCAACUGUGUGUAUGAGAGAUUUGCUAUACUAUACAGAGGUCUAGUAUUAGAAAAAAUGGGACAAGCAUGAAAAAUGGAGAUAUAAGGUUGUUGAUUCUCUUAGCCUAAAAGAGCACUUUGAGGAACCUUUAAGGAUAUGUCUGUAAAUAAGAACUGCUGGCAGAAGACCCUUCUUUCCCUGCAUUAGCGGAGGAAGGAGAAAAGGUGGUUGUAGGACUUCCACUGAGAGGUUCAUUAAAAGAAAACCUAUCCAGAAAAACUGUUUAAGUGCCUUGCAAAUCUUUAUUAUCCAAACAUUUAUGUUCAUACUUUAUUGUGUACAGAUGGUGCUAGUCAAGAAAAGAAAAAGGAAAAAAAACAAAUACACUUUUGAAAUGUAUUUACAGCUUGUUUUUCUCUUGGUGUUUUCUCCUAUUUCAGACUUGCUGUUUCUAGGUAACUUGUGUUUGUAGAGAUAUUUCCUAAUCAGUACAACAUAUGAAUAAAUGUUAACUGUCUUUUCUUGUUACCAGAGUAAGGCCACUCAAAGAGAAAUUCAACUUUCCCAGAUGGCACAAAAGUAUUUCUA